GUGUCCAUGUUGGUGUCCACAUCGUGCCGUUUCGUGGUCAGGAGAAGAGUGAAUACGGCAUGUGAACGUGACGAGGUUUCGUUCAUGUUGGUCGCGGCGACUCUUGGACAAAUCUUCGACGUAUGGCCCAAGACUGGGAUGUUCGCGAACACGCAGAUUACCCGUGUUCUUGGGAUUCAACAGAUCCCUGACCUUCUCGUUGUAGAUCUAGGCGGGGACACUUCAACCGUGAAGUUCACAUUUGGGUCGUCCGCCUUCUUCUGAUUCACUCUCACAAAGAGUUCCGAACAAGUGAGGGGAAUGAUACCCUUGUCAGGACCGUCUGCCUCUUUUUGUCAACGGAUGUCGAAAAUCGCCCGCACAGGAAAGCUUACACCCCAUCAUACUGCACUCCAUUGAGUGCGAUGAAAUAUGCGUCUAUAGAGAGCAGACGCACCUAUAAGAUUUCCCAGACCCUGUCGACGGUUAGUGCACGCGCCAUUUCCGAGUCAGAAGUCCACACACCAGUCUGGCCAUCUGAGAACGAGCAUCAGCUGAGGCAUGGAAUAUCACGAGCGCGACGCACAGGCAAAGAUACACGCGUUAAAUCCGUUGAAACUAUGGUCUAGGAGCUCCACCCCCACAUCUUCGUACAGAAUCUGCUGCGAGCAGUAGCCAGGCUCAUCGCGCGGCCCAGCAGACCAAUAACUCUUGUCGAAACUGAACGGGAUGCUCUUGCGUUCCGUCGAGCGCUUCGAGUCCUGCGCGCUGCCGGCUUCGGGCGGGUCUAUGAUGGUCUGGUUGCCUUGCAUGCGGAUGAGGGGCUUCGCCCCGCGAGCGAGUU